AUGGAAAUCGAGGCACCGACAGCAUCGAUGGAUCCGAAGUUUAAGGAUGGCAUCGUCGUCCGUGCCGGUGAAACGUUUGUUAUCGGAGCAGAUAUUCUGGGGACGCCACUCCCCAGAGUCAAGUGGUUAAAAGACGGAAAAGAAAUUGAUAAAACUGCGCCGAGGACGGAAGUCGUAAAAACGUUUGAACGCACCGUUCUAACAGUUCUAGAUUGCAUCGGAAUAGAUGGAGGACAGUUCGUCCUGAGUCUCAGCAAUGUGGCUGGAAAGAAAGAGAUACCUGUCAAUGUUAAGGUUCUUGAUAGACCUGGUCCGCCUUCUGGUCCAAUGAAGAUAACUGGUGUGACUGCAGAGAAAGCCACGCUUCACUGGUGUCAUCCAUUACAAGAUGGCGGUGCCAGUGUUUCCCAUUAUAUCAUUGAAAAGAGGGUAACCAACCGCGUGUCAUGGACUGUAGUCCAACCGGAAACCCAAGCAGUCAGCUACAAAGUGACUAAACUUGUACCUGGCACUGAGUACGUCUUCAGAGUUAAAGCGGUGAAUAGGUUUGGCACCGGGGAACCUCUUGAAUCAGACCCGGUUACCGCAUGUUGUCCUUUCAAGCCGCCCAGCGCUCCUUCCACACCCGAAGCAAGUGCUAUAACAAGCGACUCAAUGGUCCUUACAUGGAAUCGGCCAGAAAACGACGGUGGCUCAGAAAUAGAUGGCUACAUCGUUGAAAAACGUGAUAAAGACGGUGUUCGAUGGACAAAGUGUAACAAGAGAAGACUUAACGAUAUCCGGUUCAGAUGCACCGGAUUCACCGAGGGACAUUCCUACGAGUUCAGAGUAUGUGCUGAGAAUUCUGCUGGUGUCGGAGUGCCAAGUGAACCAACAGGAUAUAUCAAAGCUUGUGACCCCUUGUACCCACCAGGUCCUCCUUACAACCCCAGGGUGACAGACCAGUCAACCACAACCGUGUCCAUCUCAUGGACAAAACCCAUCUCUGAUGGUGGAGCAGCCGUCAAAGGAUAUGUUGUUGAGAGGAAGGAAGUAGCGGAGGAAGAGUGGACAACCUGUACACCACCGACUGGUGUUGAAGAAACACACUUCACCGUGAAAACACUGAAGGAAAAUGGAGAAUAUAACUUCCGCAUCUGUGCAAUUAACACUGAAGGAGUUGGCGAACCAGCUGAUGUCCCAGGGACUGUCGUGACGUCUGAGAGAUUUGAGGCCCCUGAGAUUGAACUAGAUUCAGACCUUAGGAAAAUGGUGUCAGUUCGAGCGUGUGCAACACUACGUCUGUUUGUCCCAUUCAGAGGAAGACCUGAACCUGUAGUCAAGUGGUCCAAGAUGGAAGGUCCUCUUACUGAGCGUGCACACAUUGAGGUCACAAGCACCUACACAGUCCUCGUCAUCCACACUGUCGACAGACUUGACACCGGCAAGUAUACGUUGACUCUUGAGAACGUCAGCGGUAUAAAGUCUGCUUACGUUAAUGUCACAGUGUUGGAUUCACCAAGUGCCCCUGAGCACAUUGAAGUCAAGGACAUUACUAGAGAUUCUAUAUCACUGUCCUGGGAGCCUCCACUGAUUGACGGCGGAGCUAAGAUCACACAUUACAUUGUGGAGAAGAGAGAAGCUCAAAGACGGGCCUUUACCAGUGUUUCAGAUAACUGUGGACGAAAUAGAAUGAAGAUUGACAACCUUAUAGAAGGGGGACUUUACUAUUUCCGUGUACUAGCUGUUAAUGAGCUCGGUGUGGGUUUGCCAGCGGAAACACCAGAACCGAUCAAGGUAUCCCAAGCUCCUUUGCCUCCCGGUCAAGUUACUGUUGUAGAUGUUACCCGCGACAGUGUAAGUCUCGCAUGGGAAAAGCCUGACGAUGACGGUGGUAGCAGAAUCAAAUGCUACAUAGUGGAAAUGCAAACCAAGAGCGAUGGCAAAUGGACUUUGUGUUCUGAGAUAAGGGGAUUGAGAUCAACUAUCGAUGGGCUCUUAACAGGUGAGGAAUAUUCAUUUAGGAUUAGUGCGGUCAAUGAAACAGGCAAGAGUGAACCGAAGCUACUGGCAGAGGUUGUUGUAGUAAACGACGACACAAUGGAACCUAUCAUAGAUCUGAUAUGCAACACAUUCAGUGUCAAGGCAGGAGACGAUCUGAAGAUCGAUGUUCCAUUUAGAGGCAGACCUGAACCUGAGGUUUCAUGGAACAAAGAUGGUGUUGAAUUGAAGGAGACAACCAGGGUUAGCUUUCUGACAUCUAAUAACUCAUCAAAAAUCACUAUCAGAAACACAACCCGGGAAGAAUCGGGGAACUAUGAGAUCACCUUAACCAACACAGUUGGUAGAAAAUCAGCCAUAAUAGCUGUUACCAUCUUGGAUAAACCCGGCCCACCUGGUGCAAUCAAAGUAGAUGAAGUCUACGCUGACUAUAUUUCACUGUCCUGGGAUGCCCCACUCUACGACGGAGGAUGUCCAAUCAGCAACUACGUAGUAGAGAAGAGAGAUACUAUCACUACAACAUGGAAGACGGUUUCAGCCACAGUUGCCAGAACGUCUAUUAAAGUUCCUCGUUUGACACAAGGCACUGAAUAUCAGUUCCGUAUCGCAGCUGAAAACCGCUACGGCAUGAGCCAUGCUGUGGAGUCCGCUUCAGUUGUUGCACAGUACCCCUUCGAGACACCUGGCCCUCCCACUACCCUCCGUGUUGCCCAAGCUACAAAGUCCUUCAUGUUGGUUACAUGGAAUGAACCAGCCAGUGACGGUGGAAGUCCAAUCAUCGGUUAUCACCUGGAAAUGAAGGACUAUAGCAGUAUUCGCUGGACGAAGACUAACAGAGGACGUCUCAUUGCUGAAACAGAAUUUAAAGUGAAUGGCGUUGAAGAAAGCUUACAGUAUGAAUUCCGUGUUUCUGCUGAGAAUAUUGCUGGCAUUGGACCGUACAGCAAAGCCACGGAGCCAAUAGCUGCAAGAGAUCCAUGUGAUCCUCCUGCUAACCUCACAGUCACGGACAUCACAAGAACUUCAAUUUCUCUUACUUGGUCCAAGCCAGAGAAUGACGGCGGAGCCAAGGUGACUGGCUACAUUGUCGAACGCAGGGAACUUCCAGAUGGUUGUUGGCUGAAGUGCAAUUUCACCAAUCUCCAGGAAACCUGCUAUGACAUCGAAGGCCUUACGGAGGACAUUCAAUAUGACUUCCGUGUUAUUGCAAAGAACUCUGCUGCGGUACUCAGUGAGCCAUCACAAUGUACAGGUGCCAUCACAGUCACGGAUAACGUUGCUCUACCUUGCAUUGUCUUGGAUAACAAGUAUAAGAAAUUAGUCAUUGUCAAAGCUGGAGAUGUUUUGAGAAUCGAUGCAGAUAUUUCUGGGUGCCAACGUCCAGUCAUUUCAUGGUCAAAGGAUGGUCAAAGUAUUGACACCAAGGCAAGAAUAGAAAUCACUUCAACACACACUACCACCACAUUACUAGUCAGAGACACUAUCCGAAGAGACUCGGGUCAGUACACUGUAACAGUGCAGAACAUUGCUGGUACAAGGUCCCUGUCUGUAAACUGUAAGGUUCUGGACCGCCCUGGGCCAUCCUCUGGGCCGUUGGAUAUCACUGGUCUGACCGCAGAGAAAUGCACUUUGACCUGGAGACCACCUCAAGAAAACGGUGGUGCAGAAAUUCUGCGCUAUAUAGUUGAGAAAUGUGAAACCAGCCGUGUCACCUGGACUUCGGUACAUGAAGACGUGAAGGCGACAACAUGUAAGGUCACCAGUCUGCGUAAAGGAAACGAAUACAUCUUCCGAGUAAAGGCAGUGAAUGAAUAUGGAGAAGGAGAAACCUUGGAGAGUGAGCCAACCAAGGCCACCGAUCCAUUCACUGUCCCUGCUGCACCAACAGAUGUUGAAAUCACCAGCAUAUCAAGUGAGACAAUGACAAUCUGCUGGAAAAGACCUGAGUCCGACGGAGGAAGCAGCAUUUCUGGCUAUGUUAUUGAGAAACGAGAGAAAUCUGGAUUGCGCUGGGUACAGGUGAACACGAAGCCUGUGAAUGACCUUAGGGUCAAGGCAUCCAAUCUCUGUGAGGGAUGUGAGUAUGAGUACAGAGUCUAUGCAGAAAAUGUUGCAGGCUUGAGUCCCCCAAGUAUUCCUUGCAAACUGACAAAAGCGGAGGAUCCACAAUUCCUGCCAUCCGCACCAGCUAAACCCAAAGUCAUUGACUCAACCAAGACUUCUGUAACUCUUUCAUGGAAUAAGCCGUUGUUCGAUGGGGGAGCUGCUGUAACAGGAUACUGUGUUGAAUAUAAGAGAACGGAUGAAGAGGACUGGUGCGUCAGUGUUUCAAACACAGAGAACACUGAAUUCACUGUCGUUGGAUUGACAUCUGGAGCAGAAUAUGUAUUUGUUGUCAAAUCCAUCAACAGGAUUGGUGUCAGUGAGUCAAGCCCUCCUACUGAUCCACAAGCAGCCGAGGACAGAGAAGAGGAACCACAGUUUAAUAUUAGCAAUGAGAUGCGAAAGACUCUUCUUGUAAAGGACGGCACUUCGUUCACCUUAACUGUGCCGUUCAGCGGCAAGCCUGUUCCUAACGUUAUGUGGGACAAGGCAGACGUUGACCUGACAGCGAGGGCCAGUAUUCAUACCACUGAUACCGUCACGUCUAUCACAGUGGAACAAGCAACAAGAGAUGACUCUGGAAAAUAUACGGUGACUUUACAAAACGUUGCUGGAAAAGUCACAUGUACAUUAAACGUCAGGGUUCUUGACUCUCCUGGUCCACCGUGCCGUGUCGCGGUCAAGGAUGUUACCAAGAGCUCUGCAACAGUUGCCUGGGAUACCCCAGAAAACGAAGGCGGUGCUGCUGUCACCAACUACCUUGUUGAUAUUCGUGAGGUGAGCAACAAGGGAUGGACCAGAGUCACAGAUUCAUGUCCUCGUCUGACCUACAGAGUGUCAGAUCUACAAGAGGGAGGAGUGUACUACUUCAGAGUCACUGGUGAAAACCAGUACGGCGUCGGCUUGCCGGCUGAGACCAAAUAUGGAACAAUGAUUACAGACAAGAGUGACCCGAAGCCACUGGCCAAGCCAGUAAAGGACGACACAAUAGAACCCAUCAUAGAUCUAAUGAGCAACUCAUACAGUGUCAAGGCAGGAGACGACCUGAAGAUUGAUGUUCCGUUCAAGGGCAGACCUGAACCUGAGGUUUCAUGGAACAAAGAUGGUGUUGAAUUGAAGGAGACAACCAGGGUUAGCUUUCUGACAUCUAAUAACUCAUCAAAAAUCACUAUCAGAAACACAACCCGGGAAGAAUCGGGGAACUAUGAGAUCACCUUAACCAACACAGUUGGUAGAAAAUCAGCCAUAAUAGCUGUUACCAUCUUGGAUAAACCCGGCCCACCUGGUGCAAUCAAAGUAGAUGAAGUCUACGCUGACUAUAUUUCACUGUCCUGGGAUGCCCCACUCUACGACGGAGGAUGUCCAAUCAGCAACUACGUAGUAGAGAAGAGAGAUACUAUCACUACAACAUGGAAGACGGUUUCAGCCACAGUUGCCAGAACGUCUAUUAAAGUUCCUCGUUUGACACAAGGCACUGAAUAUCAGUUCCGUAUCGCAGCUGAAAACCGCUACGGCAUGAGCCAUGCUGUGGAGUCCGCUUCAGUUGUUGCACAGUACCCCUUCGAGACACCUGGCCCUCCCACUACCCUCCGUGUUGCCCAAGCUACAAAGUCCUUCAUGUUGGUUACAUGGAAUGAACCAGCCAGUGACGGUGGAAGUCCAAUCAUCGGUUAUCACCUGGAAAUGAAGGACUAUAGCAGUAUUCGCUGGACGAAGACUAACAGAGGACGUCUCAUUGCUGAAACAGAAUUUAAAGUGAAUGGCGUUGAAGCAAGCUUGCAGUAUGAAUUCCGUGUUUCUGCUGAGAAUAUUGCUGGCAUUGGACCGUACAGCAAAGCCACUGAGCCUAUAGCUGCAAGAGAUCCAUGUGAUCCUCCUGCUAACCUCACAGUCACGGACAUCACAAGAACUUCAAUUUCUCUUACUUGGUCCAAGCCAGAGAAUGACGGUGGAGCCAAGGUGACUGGCUACAUUGUCGAACGCAGGGAACUUCCAGAUGGUUGUUGGCUGAAAACUCUGCUGCGAGUACUCAGUGAGCCAUCACAAUGUACAGGUGCCAUCACAGUCAAGGAUAACGUUGCUCUACCUUGCAUUGUCUUGGAUAACAAGUAUAAGAAAUUAGUCGUUGUCAAAGCUGGAGAUGUUUUGAGAAUCGAUGCAGAUGUUUCUGGGUGCCAACGUCCAGUCAUUUCAUGGUCAAAGGAUGGUCAAAGUAUUGAGACCAAGGCAAGAAUAGAGAUCACUUCAACACACACUACCACCACAUUACUAGUCAGAGACACUAUCCGAAGAGACUCGGGUCAGUACACUGUAACAGUGCAGAACAUUGCUGGUACAAGGUCCCUGUCUGUAAACUGUAAGGUUCUGGACCGCCCUGGGCCAUCCUCUGGGCCGUUGGAUAUCACUGGUCUGACCGCAGAGAAAUGCACUUUGACCUGGAGACCACCUCAAGAAAACGGUGGUGCAGAAAUUCUGCGCUAUAUAGUUGAGAAAUGUGAAACCAGCCGUGUCACCUGGACUUCGGUACAUGAAGACGUGAAGGCGACAACAUGCAAGGUCACCAGUCUGCGUAAAGGAAACGAAUACAUCUUCCGAGUAAAGGCAGUGAAUGAAUAUGGAGAAGGAGAAACCUUGGAGAGUGAGCCAACCAAGGCCACCGAUCCAUUCACUGUCCCUGCUGCACCAACAGAUGUUGAAAUCACCAGCAUAUCAAGUGAGACAAUGACAAUCUGCUGGAAAAGACCUGAGUCCGACGGAGGAAGCAGCAUUUCUGGCUAUGUUAUUGAGAAACGAGAGAAAUCUGGAUUGCGCUGGGUACAGGUGAACACGAAGCCUGUGAAUGACCUUAGGGUCAAGGCAUCCAAUCUCUGUGAGGGAUGUGAGUAUGAGUACAGAGUCUAUGCAGAAAAUGUUGCAGGCUUGAGUCCCCCAAGUAUUCCUUGCAAACUGACAAAAGCGGAGGAUCCACAAUUCCUGCCAUCCGCACCAGCUAAACCCAAAGUCAUUGACUCAACCAAGACUUCUGUAACUCUUUCAUGGAAUAAGCCGUUGUUCGAUGGGGGAGCUGCUGUAACAGGAUACUGUGUUGAAUAUAAGAGAACGGAUGAAGAGGACUGGUGCGUCAGUGUUUCAAACACAGAGAACACUGAAUUCACUGUCGUUGGAUUGACAUCUGGAGCAGAAUAUGUAUUUGUUGUCAAAUCCAUCAACAGGAUUGGUGUCAGUGAGUCAAGCCCUCCUACUGAUCCACAAGCAGCCGAGGACAGAGAAGAGGAACCACAGUUUAAUAUUAGCAAUGAGAUGCGAAAGACUCUUCUUGUAAAGGACGGCACUUCGUUCACCUUAACUGUGCCGUUCAGCGGCAAGCCUGUUCCUAACGUUAUGUGGGACAAGGCAGACGUUGACCUGACAGCGAGGGCCAGUAUUCAUACCACUGAUACCGUCACGUCUAUCACAGUGGAACAAGCAACAAGAGAUGACUCUGGAAAAUAUACGGUGACUUUACAAAACGUUGCUGGAAAAGUCACAUGUACAUUAAACGUCAGGGUUCUUGACUCUCCUGGGCCACCGUGCCGUGUUGCGGUCAAGGAUGUUACCAAGAGCUCUGCAACAGUUGCCUGGGAUACCCCAGAAAACGAAGGCGGUGCUGCUGUCACCAACUACCUUGUUGAUAUUCGUGAGGUGAGCAACAAGGGAUGGACCAGAGUCACAGAUUCAUGUCCUCGUCUGACCUACAGAGUGUCAGAUCUACAAGAGGGAGGAGUGUACUACUUCAGAGUCAUUGGUGAAAACCAGUACGGCGUCGGCUUGCCGGCUGAGACCAAAUAUGGAACAAUGAUUACAGACAAGAGUGACCCGAAGCCACUGGCCAAGCCAGUAAAGGACGACACAAUAGAACCCAUCAUAGAUCUAAUGAGCAACUCAUACAGUGUCAAGGCAGGAGACGACCUGAAGAUUGAUGUUCCGUUCAAGGGCAGACCUGAACCUGAGGUUUCAUGGAACAAAGAUGGUGUUGAAUUGAAGGAGACAACCAGGGUUAGCUUUCUGACAUCUAAUAACUCAUCAAAAAUCACUAUCAGAAACACAACCCGGGAAGAAUCGGGGAACUAUGAGAUCACCUUAACCAACACAGUUGGUAGAAAAUCAGCCAUAAUAGCUGUUACCAUCUUGGAUAAACCCGGCCCACCUGGUGCAAUCAAAGUAGAUGAAGUCUACGCUGACUAUAUUUCACUGUCCUGGGAUGCCCCACUCUACGACGGAGGAUGUCCAAUCAGCAACUACGUAGUAGAGAAGAGAGAUACUAUCACUACAACAUGGAAGACGGUUUCAGCCACAGUUGCCAGAACGUCUAUUAAAGUUCCUCGUUUGACACAAGGCACUGAAUAUCAGUUCCGUAUCGCAGCUGAAAACCGCUACGGCAUGAGCCAUGCUGUGGAGUCCGCUUCAGUUGUUGCACAGUACCCCUUCGAGACACCUGGCCCUCCCACUACCCUCCGUGUUGCCCAAGCUACAAAGUCCUUCAUGUUGGUUACAUGGAAUGAACCAGCCAGUGACGGUGGAAGUCCAAUCAUCGGUUAUCACCUGGAAAUGAAGGACUAUAGCAGUAUUCGCUGGACGAAGACUAACAGAGGACGUCUCAUUGCUGAAACAGAAUUUAAAGUGAAUGGUGUUGAAGCAAGCUUGCAGUAUGAAUUCCGUGUUUCUGCUGAGAAUAUUGCUGGCAUUGGACCGUACAGCAAAGCCACUGAGCCUAUAGCUGCAAGAGAUCCAUGUGAUCCUCCUGCUAACCUCACAGUCACGGACAUCACAAGAACUUCAAUUUCUCUUACUUGGUCCAAGCCAGAGAAUGACGGUGGAGCCAAGGUGACUGGCUACAUUGUCGAACGCAGGGAACUUCCAGAUGGUUGUUGGCUGAAGUGCAAUUUCACCAAUCUCCAGGAAACCUGCUAUGACAUCGAAAGCCUUACGGAGGACAUUCAAUAUGACUUCCGUGUUAUUGCAAAGAACUCUGCUGGAGUACUCAGUGAGCCAUCACAAUGUACAGGUGCCAUCACAGUCAAUGAUAACGUUGCUCUACCUUGCAUUGUCUUGGAUAACAAGUAUAAGAAAUUAGUCGUUGUCAAAGCUGGAGAUGUUUUGAGAAUCGAUGCAGAUGUUUCUGGGUGCCAACGUCCAGUCAUUUCAUGGUCAAAGGAUGGUCAAAGUAUUGAGACCAAGGCAAGACUAGAGAUCACUUCAACACACACUACCACCACAUUACUAGUCAGAGACACUAUCCGAAGAGACUCGGGUCAGUACACUGUAACAGUGCAGAACAUUGCUGGUACAAGGUCCCUGUCUGUAAACUGUAAGGUUCUGGACCGCCCUGGACCAUCCUCUGGGCCGUUGGAUAUCACUGGUCUGACCGCAGAGAAAUGCACUUUGACCUGGAGACCACCUCAAGAAAACGGUGGUGCAGAAAUUCUGCGCUAUAUAGUUGAGAAAUGUGAAACCAGCCGUGUCACCUGGACUUCGGUACAUGAAGACGUGAAGGCGACAACAUGCAAGGUCACCAGUCUGCGUAAAGGAAACGAAUACAUCUUCCGAGUAAAGGCAGUGAAUGAAUAUGGAGAAGGAGAAACCUUGGAGAGUGAGCCAACCAAGGCCACCGAUCCAUUCACUGUCCCUGCUGCACCAACAGAUGUUGAAAUCACCAGCAUAUCAAGUGAGACAAUGACAAUCUGCUGGAAAAGACCUGAGUCCGACGGAGGAAGCAGCAUUUCUGGCUAUGUUAUUGAGAAACGAGAGAAAUCUGGAUUGCGCUGGGUACAGGUGAACACGAAGCCUGUGAAUGACCUUAGGGUCAAGGCAUCCAAUCUCUGUGAGGGAUGUGAGUAUGAGUACAGAGUCUAUGCAGAAAAUGUUGCAGGCUUGAGUCCCCCAAGUAUUCCUUGCAAACUGACAAAAGCGGAGGAUCCACAAUUCCUGCCAUCCGCACCAGCUAAACCCAAAGUCAUUGACUCAACCAAGACUUCUGUAACUCUUUCAUGGAAUAAGCCGUUGUUCGAUGGGGGAGCUGCUGUAACAGGAUACUGUGUUGAGUAUAAGAGAACGGAUGAAGAGGACUGGUGCGUCAGUGUUUCAAACACAGAGAACACUGAAUUCACUGUCGUUGGAUUGACAUCUGGAGCAGAAUAUGUAUUUGUUGUCAAAUCCAUCAACAGGAUUGGUGUCAGUGAGCCAAGCCCUCCUACUGAUCCACAAGCAGCUGAGGACAGAGAAGAGGAACCACAGUUUAAUAUCAGCAAUGAGAUGCGAAAGACUCUUCUUGUAAAGGACGGCACUUCGUUCACCUUAACUGUGCCGUUCAGCGGCAAGCCUGUUCCUAACGUUAUGUGGGACAAGGCAGAUGUUGACCUGACAGCGAGGGCCAGUAUCCAUACCACUGAUACCGUCACGUCUAUCACAGUGGAACAAGCAACAAGAGAUGACUCUGGAAAAUAUACGGUGACUUUACAAAACGUUGCUGGAAAAGUCACAUGUACAUUAAACGUCAGGGUUCUUGACUCUCCUGGUCCACCGUGCCGUGUCGCGGUCAAGGAUGUUACCAAGAGCUCUGCAACAGUUGCCUGGGAUACCCCAGAAAACGAAGGCGGUGCUGCUGUCACCAACUACCUUGUUGAUAUUCGUGAGGUGAGCAACAAGGGAUGGACCAGAGUCACAGAUUCAUGUCCUCGUCUGACCUACAGAGUGUCAGAUCUACAAGAGGGAGGAGUGUACUACUUCAGAGUCACUGGUGAAAACCAGUAUGGAAUCGGCUUGCCGGCUGAGACCAAAUAUGGAACAAUGAUUACAGAAAAACCCAGCCCACCACAAACCAUCGAAGUCACCGAGAUCACCAAGGAAAGUGUGUCCCUGUCAUGGAUCAAGCCCGAGAAUGACGGAGGUAGCAGAAUCACCAGUUAUCGAGUCGAUGCUCUCGAGAACGGUCAGGAUAAAUGGGUGAAGUGUGGCGUCACCAAGACCGUCCACUUUGUGGUGUACGACCUGAAGGAAGCUACUCAAUACUUUUUCAGAGUUCGUGCUGAAAACCACGCUGGAUUCAGUGACCCUACAGAAAUGGCUCUCCCUGUGUUAGUUAAAGGGCAACUUGAACCUCCUGAGAUGAACAUGAACAAGUUCCCUGACAAUAUAGUUUACGUCCGAGCGGGAUCAAACCUGAAAUGCCAGAUCCCACUUACUGGGAAACCUGCGCCAAAGAUAUCUCUUUCGAAGGACGACGUGGUGUUGAAGUCAACGAUGAGAUUCAACUCUGAAGUAACUCCUGAAUAUCUGAUCAUCAGUCUUCGUGAGAGCGCUGCUACUGAUUCAGGAAGGUACGACAUAUGUGCCUCCAACACCAGCGGAGCCUCCAGGUCUUUUGUGACCAUUGUGGUCCUGGAUAGACCCGGCGCCCCAGUUGGUCCAAUUGGAAUGUCUGAGGUGACAGAGGACAGUGUGAGUCUGACGUGGCUUCCUCCUCGUUAUGACGGCGGAAGCCCCGUCACAAACUACAUAAUAAUGAAACGAGAAACGACAAACGCCGACUGGACUGAAGUCUCCUCGGUCGUUGUGAAAUGCGCGAUGAAAAUCAUGAAGCUCGUAACAGGACUGGUGUACCAGUUCAGAAUCAGGGCUGAAAAUCGCUACGGCAUCAGUGAGUACGUCGACUCUGCAACCGUCAAAGUGGAUCUCAACUACACCGUCCCCGAAUCUCCGUCACCCCCUAUCGUUACGUCUGUAACCAGAGAAAGCAUCGCCGUCGCCUGGACGGAGCCGGACUGGAAUGGAGGAAGACCACUGAUUGGAUAUCACCUUCAGAUGAAGGACAAGAACAGCAUUCUGUGGCAGACGGUGAACAAAACCGUUAUCCGUGCCACACACUUCAAAGUGACAAACGUCAUCGUCGCUGGUCUCGUCUACGAGUUCAAGGUAGCAGCAGAAAACUCAGCUGGAUGCAGUCCCUUUAGCAGGAUCUCAGACGCUGUCCUGGCGAUUGAUGCUUGUGAGCCUCCAACCAACGUCCGGAUCACCCACAUCAGAAAGACUUCCAUCAGACUGGAAUGGCUGAAGCCUUCAUACGAUGGUGGAAGCAAGGUCACAGGAUACCUGAUUGAGAAGAAAGAGGGCGAAAGAGACAGGUGGACGAAGGCCAACUUAACCAACGUUUCUGACACACACUAUACGGUGACAGACCUGGACGAGUGUGUGGUUUAUGAAUUCAGAGUCGUGGCCAAGAACGCAGCCGGGUCAGUCAGCGAUCCGUCCGCCACUGCCGGCCCGGCGAUGUGCGUGGACACGGACGCUUACGAAGAAGAUUAGAUGGGUUUUAUUUUUGAGAUAGUUGAUUUUGUUUUCAUUGUCAGAUGCUAUGCUAGUAUUGUUGUGAAAGUGGUGGAAGUUGUUAAAAUUGCAGUUAGUUUUUUUUCUUUAAAAGUUGAGAUUUAAAAAUUAAAAAUUGAUGUGGUUACUGAAAUAGCUAUAUCUUUUGACUGGUAGAAGAUAUUUCUGUUUUGAUAGCUGAUUUUAAUAGCAGAGUAGGUUUGAUAUGCUCCUAUAAUUGUCUUGACUUGUUGGGGUCAAAAUCGUUGAUUUGUGUGUGCAAUCACAGUGUUUACGGUGGAUAGAAGGUUGGGGUGUCAUCGCUUGUUUAUUCAUGUUUUUGGGGAGUUUUAGAACGUUGAAGAAAAUCCCAUGAAAACAUAUUGAUCAGCCCGUGUGGAGUGUUUGCACAGUUUUACGUUUGAUUGGUGUUGAUAGUUUUAACGGUUUUAAAGAGAAGAAAUCAAAAAGGCAGAAGUGUGUGUGUGUGUGUCAGAUAACGGUACUGGUGUUACCUCUACUCUCUCGGCAGGUAGCUUAACGCUCCAGUAACCGAAAGGUUGCUAGAUUGAAUCCCCCGAGCUGACAAGGUAAAAAAUCUGUCGUUCUGCCCCCUGAACAAGACAGUUAACCCACUGUUCCCCCGGUAGGCCGUCAUUAUAAAUCAUAUUUUUUUCUUAACUGACUUGCCUAGUUAAAUAAAGGUUUAAUAAUUAA